AUGGUGCCUGGAAUCCAGUGGGAAUCUCUACCAAAAUUUAUUGCAAAUAUCUUGUCACCAACAGAAAGAGAGAUCAGAAUGUCAUCCUGCAUGAUAUUCUCAUGUCUCCUUGAAGGAGCUUAUCCAUAUACCUUUAAAAGAUUGCUGGCGAUGAAGAAAUUCCAAACGGAAAUCUACUGUAACAAAAUAGAUCACAAAAAGAAUGGGCAAUUAUUCAACAAUGUUUUAGAUAAAAUGCGCAAGCAAGAAUGUGUCGUAGAGCAAACUGAAAGCAGUAAGACAAAGUAUGUCUUCCUGAACUUUCCAUCAGAAUGGCAAGGUGGAAAGACAAAAGAGAAGCAUAGAAUUGAGAAUUCCAUCCAUGAGUUGUUUUGCUCAUUAGAUGACAUGUACAGUAAAUCUGAGCUAUUAAAGCCAAUGACUGUGCAAAUUGAUCUUCAAGAUUUGAAUACAUUUCCACUUACAAAGGCUAUGAAGCCAAUUGUAAAUGCACUAAAGAGAAGCCUUUUGGUUUUCAAACAUCCUGUUUGUCUUGUGCUGUCUGUGGUUGAAGAAACAGAUGGUGAAGUUUUAACAGCAGCUUUUAAAGAUGCUAUUGAAAACAAAGUAAUAAUUGGAGAAUUUGAAAAUUAUACAAGCCGUGACCACAAGCGACCUUUGUCCAGAGUGACCAUAAGACUGGGAAAGAUUGCCGAACAGCAGGUUUUGUUUAGUUUCAUGAUGUCUUGUCUGCAUGAAGCAACUGCAGAUGGCUGGAAAUCUAUUGCAUUCCCUGCUUUGGGAACAGGAAAACUUCAAUACCCUGCCGAUGAUGUAGCAAAGGUUAUGUUUGACUGUGCAGAAACAUUCUUUAUUCAAAUGCCACACUCAUCCAUUCAAGAAGUGGUCUUUGUGUUGUACCCUAAAGACAAGUCUGCUGUUCAGGCUUUUAUUGCUGAAGAAAUGGCACGAAGCUAUGGAAUACGGAGCAUGAUGUACAAAAAACAGACAGUUUCAAUAUCAAAGAAAAAAGAAUUUCAAUCACAUUUUCAUAACAAUGAGAUCAUGCUACAGAUCAUAGCUGGAGACGUCAGCACCUGUUCACCAACCAACAGUGGUGGACUGUGUAUUUACACUGGAGAUAUGCCCCACAGUUCAAAUUGGCAGCAAACUGUAGAUUUGGCAGCUGGUUGGAAAGGAAAGACAUUCCAGGAGUUAAAAUCCAAAUCAGUAUUAAAGGAGACGUCCAGUUCAUUACCACUGAAGGUUUUAGUUUCCUGUUGGAGUAAAAGAGCAAUUUCAUCUGAUGUGAUUCACAAGGGUCUUAAGAAAAUAGCAUCUGCUAAGUGUUAUGCUGCUCAAAUAAUUGGCAUACCUGACUAUUUAGGUGCAAGACCUGAUGAAACUAUCAACCAGAUUAUCAAUGCAUUAGUUGACAAGAAUAGUCAGAAAGCCAGCACUGAACUUCAUCUUGUUACACUGGUGAUAAAUAAUCCUGACAUUUUCAAUACCUUGGUUCAAUACCUACAAACUGGUGAAGCCGAUACUCAGAAGAAAGGAUGGACAACAUGGAUUUCAGAUGCCUGGAGUAGCAUUUGGUCAUCAUUCUCAUUGAAUGAUGAAGGAUCAGAGCUUGUGUGGCUUUCAGUUGUUGGAGGAACUGAGGAAGACAUUUACAAAACUGCUAAGCCUUUGUUGAACUUUGCUAGACAGACUGGUGAACAACAUCCUCGAGAAGAGAGAAAUGAUCCGAAAGAAUCUGGAUCUUCCGUUGAUGCAAAUGACAAGAAUCAAAAGACUGGCGGGCAUCAAGAAACUGACAGAGAGCAAGAAACUGACAGAGAGCAAGAAACUGACAGAGAGCAAGAAACUGAUAGACAUCAAGAAAGUGAUAGACAUCAAGAAAGUGAUAGAGAUCAAGUAACUAACAUGAAUCAAGAAAGUAAAACAUCUCAAGAACAUGAGAGAGUGGGUGAAGAAGUACAGAAUCCUAUUAGUGGAGAAGAGGGGAGUGAAAGGCCACCUUCGGAAUCUGAGAAGGCAACAAGUGUUAAGUCCUGUAUCGUGCUUAGAAAUAUCAAGUCACUUAACAAAAAUAUGGACAGUCUAUGGAGAACACUGGGGCAAAGCAAGAUUAUUCCUUGUGCAAUUUUGCAUCCUCAUCCACUGACGUCGAAAGAUGAAGCAAUUAUUGUUUUUGAAAAAGAUGAAGAUUUUGAAAAGUGCAGGGGUCAUAAAGUGUUUUCAAAUUAUGACCCACAAGAAGUAUUUCCGAAUCGGAUAAACAUCAAGUGCAAAAUCAGUCAAAAAGCCUGUGAUCAAAUCAUGGAAGAUGAGAGACUCACACACGAGUUCAAGCUAAAGACAGGUCUUGAUAUUUCUGAAAAAAACUGGAAUGGAUGCAAUUUUUUUCAACUUGUAGCAGCUUAUAACUAUUGUAACCAGAUUCUUGAGAAAAACGUAACUAAACUGGAAGUUGAUUCACAUCAGUUUGAAGCAGCCAAAAGGCUAAAUGUUAUUGGAGAACAGCUGGGGAAAGAUAUACGUGUGAAUGAACUUGAAACUGGUAAACUGCAGUUAAUAUUUAAAACAGAAGAUGAAGAACUACAACGCAGAAUUCAGGCACUUUUCAGAGAGGAUAUUCCCCUUGAAGGUGCGAACUCCAAUCAAGAGAAAAUCACAUCGGUUAUCAAAGAUGUACAAGAUUCUACACCAGACAUUUAUUGUGCUCAUAUUCCAGAUCAACAGAUUAUUACUCUUUUUGGUGAAGACCGGAUUAUAAUUGACAAAGCAAAACAGCAAAUUAAAGUAAGCUUGGGCCAAAUAAAGAGCCGAUCUCGAGCAAACAGAACUCUUACUUCAUCCAUUAAAACCAUGGACUCCGAACAAAAAGCUGAAGCAACAUCAGUCAUUAAAAAAGUGACCAUGUCAGGUGCACAUACUACUGGAGUCGAGCCCAUUGUCAGAGGAAAACUGCUUGAUGUCAUGGUGUACAAGGGUAACAUCACUCAGCUGUCGGUGGAUGCUGUUGUAAAUGCUGCUAAUGGUAGGCUAGCUCAUGGAGCAGGAGUAGCAAGAGCUAUAGCUGAUGCAGCUGGUGAUGACUUGCUCAAGGAAGGAAACAAGUAUAUUCGAGAGCAUGGUGUAAUCAGUGUGACUGGUGUUGCAGUUACCACAGCUGGAAGACUACCCUGCAAGAAGGUGCUUCAUGCUGUUGGACCAGCCUGGUAUGAUUAUAAGGACAAGACAGAAUGUCUGGAAGAUCUCUGUAAGACCAUACUGAGAUGUCUGUGUGAGGCAAGAAACCUGAAUAUGUCAUCUGUUGCUAUUCCAUCUAUCAGUUCAGGUAAAUACAUUAUUUUUGUGAAAUGGGAGGUGGAUAUAGCCAUGUGA